UGCGUCAGUAUGCUGAGAGGAGUGGCUGUGAGUUCCGUUAUUUUCGAGAGAUACUGUAUUUCAUCCUCGGAAGAUUUCUGCAGACAUGGAGCUUCUAUCACUCCUGUUUAUGAGCUCCUGUUUCCUGACUUUGUCCAGACUGACGUUUGGUGACCAAUCCGGGACAUCUGUGUUUGUGAAAGAAGGUGAUGAUGCCAUUUUACCCUGUUCCCUCGGCACUAAUGAGAACAUUGAGUAUGUGCGGUUUGAGUGGAUGAAGGAAGGAACUAAAGAGGAGGUGUUUACCUGUGAUUCUGGGGUGUGUUAUAGUCCUGCCCUCCCAGAUCGAGUCUCACAUUUUCGAGAUGAUCUGCAGCACGGCAACGCCUCCAUAAAAAUAAAAAAUGCUCAACUGGAGGAUGAAGGAAUCUACACCUGUUCAUUUCCAACCAGUGGAAAAACAUUCAGGAUUGAGCUUGUUGUUGGAGCAGCAGAGCCUUAUGUCACAAGUCAUGAUCAAAUAAAUGGCGGGGUGCUGCUUCAGUGUGAUGUUAAGAAUGCUAAUCCCAAGCCUACAGUGGAGUGGCGGGACAGUAACAAUCAAAUCAUUCAUUCUGAGGAGCCACAGGUCUCUAAACAAGGAGGUCGCUUCUACAUCACCCUCAAAGCUACUGUGGAAAAAAAUGGCCGCUAUCGCUGUGUCGCCACACAGGAGAAAAUCCACCAUCAGGCACAAAAGGAAAUCCAUGUACAUAUUUAUGGGGGACCUGUGAUUGUGAAAGACGGUGCUGAUGCCAUUUUACCCUGUUCCCUCGGCACCAAUGAGAACAUUGAGUAUGUGCGGUUUGAGUGGACGAAGGAAAGAACUGAAAAGCAGGUGUAUAUCCAUGAUACUGGGGCGGAUUAUAGUCCUGCCCUCCCAGGUCGAGUCUCACAUUUUAAAGAUGAUCUGAAGAACGGCAACGCCUCCAUAAAAAUAAAUAAUGUUCAACUGGAGGACGGAGGAAACUACACCUGUUCAUUUCCAACCAGUGGAAAAACAUUCAGGAUUGAGCUUGUUGUUGGGCCCGUAUUAAAGGUCCGAAACAACCCAGGAGCAGCAGAGCCUUAUGUCACAAGUCAUGAUCAAAUAAAUGGCGUGGUGCUGCUUCAGUGUGAUGUUAAGAAUGCUAAUCCCAAGCCUACAGUGGAGUGGCGGGACAGUAACAAUCAAAUCAUUCAUUCUGAGGAGCCACAGGUCUCUAAACAAGGAGAUCACGUCCACAUCACCCUCAAAGCUACUGUGAAAAAAAAUGGCCACUAUCGCUGUGUCGCCACACAGGAGGAAAUCAAACAUCAGACACAAAAGGAAAUCCAUGUACAUAUUUAUGAACCAAACACUAGAUGGAAGAUUGUAGCUGUUGUUGCUAUUGUUCUUGCUGUUGCUGUUGUAGUUGGGAUUCUUGUCAGGCGUUACUUCAAGAAUAAAAAAAAAACAAACAAGAAGGAGUGCUCAGCCCAGGAACUGAAACUCAAUGCUGAUCAAAGUGAACCUGUGUGAAGUACGGUGUGUGUGUUGCUUAUGUGUUUGUUUAAUGAGAACCAAAUUGAGUUUUGGAGCACAGCAGCUUGGACAUGUUGGAUUAUUUUUGAUAUUUUCAGCAGUUUAAAAGUUCAGAACAGCUUUUAAUUCUGUCGUUUAGCACAUGGUUAAAAGUCAGGAUGGAGGGAUGUAGUUUCUGCUGCAUUUCUGCAAAAUAAAUGUUUCCUGUUCAGUCACCACAGCCAUUUUUCUAAUACUUUGAUCAUAAUCACUUCCCAUAUAUCUGUGUAAACAAAUAAAAGUAUAAAUGUUUAUCUCAAAGUCCACAGUACUUGAUAAAAAAUACUUUCAAAUACCCUCUAACACCAUCUUUUCAACACUGGGCAUUUGGGAUUUUUUUUUCUAUUUGAAUGAAAACAGAUGCAGCGCAUCAAUGUUUUUCUUUAUUCCACAUAAUCGUGGGUUUUUGUUUGUUUGUUUUCUGUAUGAACUGUCAUCCUGUCACCUGAAAUAGGUUUAAAAUAUUAAAUUACUGUUGUAUUUAUUCCAUGAGAGAUCUGAGGUCAUUGUCCUGUGCUUUCCUCUUCUGCAGCAGUUUAAUAGGACGGAGUAGAGAAAUAGCUCCACCUGCUCUUGGUGCAUAACAUGUUACUAUUAAAGAAAGCUACUUUUAGCUGCUUCGUUUACACAGCGGGUAGCGCCGCAUGUUUGAUUUGGCCACACAAUUAAUAAGCUGGAUGGAUUUGUGUUUCCAGCUGCACUUAUAUUUCUGUAAAUAUUUAAAUAACAUUUGAAAGGAAAUUUGUCUGAUAACAGCAGGUUUGUCAAACAACUGUCUCAAGUUAAUUCUUUCCUUUAGAAUGUGCCAAACAAGGAAAAAAGGUUUUCUUUGUUUUCUAAGCCUAAACAUACAUUAACUUAAUGUAAUUAACUAUAACCCUGAGCUGUUCUGCUGUAAAUAAAUAUGAGUAUUUUGCAGUCUGAAAAAAAAGUGCCUUUUUAAAUACGCUUUUGUGUUUUAUCUUUUUAUUGUUGCUAAAGAAAACUGUCAGGAUACACACACUGCAGAUGAAAUGUUGUUGAUGUUUGAUAUUGAAAAUUAUGUUCAUGCUUUUAAUUAAUUAUGUCCUCAUACAUUAUCAUUUUUCACACAGCUCAAGAUUCUCGGAAUAAAAUAUCAAAAAUUAAA